UCCGAUUGGAGGGGGGAAAAGGGGCUGUCACCUGCCACGGAACAAGGAAGCGAAAUCAGAAAAUCUAAGUUACAGUGGUUUUACUUUCGCAUUAACCAGAAUCAGUUCUCAAAAACGGAUACAAGAAAAGCAUUUUGUGUGAAGCUGGAAUCGACAGAAAACGGGUGGGUUAAAAAAAGAAAAGAGAAGUAGUCUUAGGCUCUUGGGUUGUGGUGAACCACUCGCGUUUGAAUGCAGUUAACGUUAGUAGCCUACAGGUAGAACCCAGAAGUCAGUGCUUGUUCUCACAGAUCAAUCGUUCGAUUCACUGAUUGCCAAUGUGUUUACUUGAACGUAUAGCCUUCAUUUUUAAUAGAGGUUCACACGUUAUACAAGAAUGAGUGACACAUUCGCUGCCCCUUGGACACUGUUGGUUGGGUCGAGUUUUGCGUUCUCUGGGUUAUUCUACCACUUGUACCAAGAAAAGAAAAAGGAAAUCGUCAAACUGAAGGAGAUACCGAAAUUCCAACCAGAUCAUCACCUGCUGAGAAUUCUAAAAGCAUCUCCGCAGCAUCGACUACAGUAUGUUGCUGUUGAAGGCGUGAUUCAACCUGAUGGUGAACCCCUGGCCAGUCAGUUUGUGCCUAAAUGUUAUGGGGUUGUUCAGAAAGUUAUUGUUCAGGAGGAGUGGAAAGUGUGGAACGCCACAAGAAAUACAUGGACCAACAAGACAAUGAACAAAAAGGUGACCAACAACAUGGUACCUUUCAGCUUGGUGAGUCCAGGAGCCUACCUCACAGACAUCUCUGUAAAGGUGCAGUCCCCAAUGGAGGCUUCAGGGGAUUUCCUGGAGCGUGUGCACCAGCAACGAAAGUAUGCCCAGGGUGGCGUAGUGGACGCAGUGUUGGAUGGCCUGAGCGGUGAGCGACCUGUGAGCAAGGAUGUGCAGGAAGAGAUGCUGAAAGUCGGAACGCCUCUCACUACCUUUGGUGAGGUGGUCCUCGAGUAUGGCGAGGGGAUUAGGGUGCAGCCACCCCGAGACGGCCGGACCUACGUCCUGAUGGUGGGUGAUCACCGUAGUUUCAUAGAGAGGCACGAGAGCACAGCGGGAUGGUGGAAAGUGCUGUCGGCUUUCUGUGGGAUCACAGGAUCAGCUGUACUGGGAGGGAUGAUCUAUGAUGCUAGCAAGGGACAAGGUGGCAGAAGGAACUAGUCUAACCCUGACACAGAGGUGGUGGGAAUCAAAAAAUACUUGUAUUUUGCACUAACCAUCAUAUUAGGUCUCUGAUUGAAACUUCAACAUAUCAAAUGUGAAAUACAAUGUCCCUAUGGAAUGUGACAAAAAGCAGAAGACCUGGAUGCAGAACCAUGCAGCCAUAUACAUGGCCAUGAAAACACACUACCUCUUCUGACAAAAACUCAUGUUGUGUCAUUAAGUGUUAGGUGCUGUUAAGUGAGGGGUGUUUAUUAGAGGCGAGCCCUUUCCUUUUUGCCAAAACACUGAGUGAUGUUUGUGUUCUUCAGGCAUUCUUUUCAUUCAAAUGUUUGCCGUUAUAACAAAACAUUAAAAAGACACUGGCAAACUUUUAUUUGAUUUUUUUUUUUUAACCAUUCCGCUUUUGAGUCUCAUCAUAGCCUCCUUCUAAGGUGAUUAAUGGACUGAAUCUUGUAAUGAUGGCAGGCUUUGUAGAUGUUGUUCUUGUUCUGUUGUUCUUUGCCAAGGUUGUUCUGGUUGGUGGUUUAAUUUCCUUCUUUGUAUGAUAUCCCACCAGUCGCCCCACUACCACAUCCUGCAUUUAGUGCGAGUGGCUUUACCCUCAGGUCCUGGUACCGCCAGCCCUCCUCUUAGUCUUUUAAUAAACACACAAACACCCCCGCUUGCCCUCUCCUGACACCUGUAAACCAAUGCUAUAAAAACAAUAGUGUUCAACUAAAAUGGCUUUCCAUAAUCA